CUAUGACCUAACUUAAUAUAUUUUUUAAAUUCAUAAACAUAAAUUAGCUAUAUAACAGAAUCGCAUAAUAAAAGAAGUUAAAUAUGCAUCUGUUGCCGUUUGCAACCGCACCUUAUUAACGCAACGCAGUGUAAACGUUUCAAAGUGUGAACGGCAACAGAAAAUAUCAAAAUUUUUUGACAAGACCAGAGAGGCAGUAAGCGCAACGAAAAGAGAAUCAUACGGAAAAGAAGGAAAUCAAAAAAAAAGUCUAUUUGCAAACUCAAAAAUAUAAGGAAAUUCAGCCGCUGCUGACCGAGAAAUGUUCAAAAGCCAACUAGAGCAACAUUAAAUUGUGACACACACACACACGCAUACACGUAUAUAUAUAAAUAUAUAUAUGUAUAUAAACCAACACGCACGCACAUUGUAAGCAACCCACCAGAAACGGCAAACGAAUAGCAGUGUGAAAGAGGAGGAGGAGGAAGAAGAAAAAGCAACAAACAACAACAAUUAACAGCUGCAAAUAUGGAAGCGGACGGACUAACAAAUGAACAAACAGAAAAAGUCCUGCAAUUUCAGGAUCUAACUGGAAUAGAUGACAUGAACAGAUGUCGAGAUGUUCUAAUCAGACAUAGCUGGGACAUUGAGGUGGCCUUUCAGGAACAUUUAAAUAUACGCGAAGGCCGUCCCACAAUGUUUGCCGCCUCAACGGAUGUGAGAGCACCGACUGUCAUCAAUGAUCGUUUCCUGCAGCAGGUAUUCUCAGCAAAUAUGCCUGGUGGACGGACGAUUAGUCGUGUUGGUCCCGCUGGUCCAGUUCCCCGCAAUUUUACCGGCUUUGUCGGCUAUGUGAUUAAUUUUGUAUUCCAAUAUUUCUAUUCGACGUUCUCGAGCAUAGUUAGUGCAUUUGUGAAUUUCGGCGGUGGCAAUGAGCAACGAAUAGUGACAGAUCCAUUGGGUGAUGUUAUGAAAUUCAUACGUGAAUAUUACGAAAGAUAUCCGGAACAUCCGGUAUUCUAUCAGGGCACCUAUGCCCAGGCGUUAAAUGAUGCUAAACAGGAAUUGCGCUUCCUCAUUGUCUAUCUGCAUAAGGAUCCCACAAAGAAUCCCGAUGUGGAUACAUUUUGUCGUGAAACAUUGGCAUCGCCAUCCGUAAUCGAAUACAUUAAUACACAUACACUACUUUGGGGCUGUGAUGUAUCCUCACCGGAGGGCUAUCGAGUGAUGCAAUCAAUAACGGUACGAAAUUUCCCAUUGAUGGCCAUGAUCUCGUUGCGCGCCAAUCGUAUGACAGUUGUUGGUCGAUUCGAGGGAGAUUGCACUGCCGAAGGACUCUUACGUCGCCUGCGAGCAGUUGUGGCCGCCAAUGAGGUGUGGCUAAGUCAGGCUCGGGCCGAUCGUUUGGAGAGAAAUUUCACACAGACACUGCGCCGGCAACAGGAUUUGGCCUACGAACAAAGUUUAUUGGCCGACGAGGAGAAGGAACGUCAAAAGCAGCGUGAACUUGACGCUGUGAGGCAACAACAAGAGGCUGUGGAACAAGAGCGAAGGGCAGCUGAAUUGCGUAAAGAGAAUAUAGCUAGGCAAAAGAUUGAAUUGGCUCGUUUUGUGCCCACAGAGCCUCCAGUGGAUGUCAUGGGCUCAAUAGCUGUUGUAUUCAAAUUGCCAAGUGGCAAACGGCUUGAACGACGUUUUCGCGAAACGGAUACAAUUUUGGAGGUUUACUAUUUCCUCUUUUGUCAUCCCGAUUCACCGGAUGAGUUUGAAAUCACAACGAAUUUCCCAAAACGUGUUCUCUAUUCAAAUGCUGAUUGUAAUCCCGCCGAGGGUUGUUUUACUAAUGAAAAUAUUAACAAAACAUUACGGGAUGUUGGCCUUAAGAAUCGUGAAGUGCUCUUUGUCAAUGAUCUGGAGGCGUAACAUCCCCUCCUUCCCCGUCACCCCAUCACCGGUGUCGUAAUAAUACCCCAUACAUGGCAAGAAGCUGCAACGCAUUACCAAAACUUUAACCAAGUUUUAAGUAGUCUUUAGUCCCGGAACGUCCUAUUUUGGAGGUUAAACAAAAACAAACAAAAAGUGAAGCAAACAACAACAAACAAAAAAACUAUUCCUAAUUUUAAUCAAGAGAAUAAUAGAAA